UGACGCGACGCGUAUUUAUAAGGGCUCCAGCCGGCGCCUCCCGUUAAACGUGCCGCGGUGUUGAAACCGCUACUAACCGUCGGCUGGCCGUCCGGAGACAUGGCGCUGAGCCGCCUGGAGAAGGCGCAGGCGUGGCUCCUCAGGGCCGUAAUGGGAGUCCUGUUCGCGCUCUUCCGGCUCUUCUCUCCGCGGAGACCUGCAGAGUCCGUGAAGAAGCUGCCGCCGGUCCGGAGCCCGCUGCUGCUCGCCUCCGCCACUGAGCUCGCCAGGAAGAUCCGGCGGAGAGAGGUGUCCAGUGUGGAAGUGGUGCAGACUUUUAUCGACCGGAUCCAAGAAGUCAACCCUCUCAUCAACGCUGUGGUUAAAGACAGGUUUUCUGCCGCCCUUCAAGAGGCGGCUCAAGUUGACAAGCUGAUCGAGGAAGAAAAUGGGGAAGAGGAGGCGCUGGAAGACCCCAUGCCUCUACUGGGAGUCCCCCUGUCUGUCAAAGAAUCUUUUGCUGUACAAGGCAUGCCUAACACGACCGGGUUGAUCUCCAGGCAGGGACUCGUGUCCACUGUGGACGCACCGCCAGUCGCACUGCUGAAGAGAGCCGGAGCCAUCCCGCUGUGUGUCACCAACACCAGCGAGCUGUGCAUGUGGUUCGAAUCGCACAAUCACCUCUACGGCAUCACCAACAACCCGUACGACCUGGAGAGGAUACCAGGAGGAAGCUCAGGGGGAGAGGGAAGCAUCCUGGCAGCAGCGGGUGCCGUCAUCGGAAUUGGCUCGGACAUUGGCGGCAGCAUCCGGAUGCCCUGUUUCUUCAAUGGAAUAUUUGGCCAUAAAACCACACAGGGUGUCAUUGCAAAUGAGAACCAGCACCCUCCUACAAGUGGCAGCCAAGGGGACUACAUCAGUGUCGGCCCCAUGUGCCGGUAUGCCGAGGACCUGCUGCCAAUGCUCUGGAUUAUGGCUGGACCCAAAGCUGACAUGCUGUCCUUAAACACCAAAGUGGACCUCAAGAAAGUGCGCUUCUUCUCAGUCCCUCACGAUGGCGGCUCUGUCAUGACGCAGCCAGUCAGUAAAGAGCUUCUUCAGAUUCAGAGGAAGGUGGUGCAGCGUCUGGAGGCUGAUCUCGGAGUGACAGUUCAGCAGGUGCACCUCUCCGGGCUCCGAUAUGGCUACCAGAUCUGGGACACCUUCAUGGGUUUGCCUGACAAGGAAGGCAGGUUUCCUUGGCCGUUUGUGGAGUUGAUGGGUGGUCCGGGCAAGCCUGUGAAGCCUCUGUGGGAGCUGCUGAAGUGGAUGACGGGACGGUCGGACCACACGAUGGCUGCCAUCGGUCUGGCCUUAAUUGAGAUGUUCCGAGCUCCCCAACCGUCCAGGUUCCUCAUCCAGCAGAAGCAGCAGCUCCAGAAGGAGGUGGAUCAGCUGCUGGGGACCAACGGAGUGUUGCUUUACCCCUCACACCCCCGGGUGGCACCAAAACACCACCAUCCUCUCUUCAGACCCUUCGACUUGGCCUACACUGGUGUGAUGAACAUUCUGAGGCUGCCGGUCACACAGUGUCCUCUGGGCCUGAAUGCAGAAGGACUUCCUCUGGGCGUGCAGGUCGUUGCCGGGAAGCUGCAGGACCACCUGAGCUUAGCCGUGGCUCUGUACCUGGAAAAGACCUUCGGAGGCUGGAGGGAUCCUGGAGCUGCAUGAGAGAAAAAUUUAAUUUGAAAACAUAUAUAUGCCAUAAAAAAAGGCAUCAAAGGGGUGACGUAAACUGUCAACGCUUUUAAUGAACAUGACUAACAACUUUUAACUAACAUGACACCACUUAUACUGAUCACAAAUAUUUUGCCAAUCAUUACAUAUUUUAGGUUAUUUCCAGCCUGACUGGAUGCAGAGAUACGGGAGAAAAACAAGUUAUUCACCUUAAUCUCAACCUUUGAUCCUCUCCACAAGUAAAUUUUGAGAAAUAUUACAAAUUUUGGGCAAAAAAAUUAAAAUCACCUUUUUAAAAAAAAUUUCUUCACACAGAGGACCGAUUACGAUACGCAGCUUCACUCCUUCACAGGUUUGUUUUUAAUCCCAAACUGAUUAUGCAGGCAUGUGCAAGUGUGAAGUAAAAUAGUUAAGUUACUGCUACUGAAACACCUCAUGCUGAUGCUUCACAUUAAAAGAAAAUGCUUGAAAUGCUAGGCUUUUAUUGUGAAAAUCAGAUGUAGGAAAUGAAGAUUUUAACAUUAGCCUAAAGACACCAGCGGAAAAAUAUGCAAAAAGUCAAAGAAAUAAGGCAACAUGGAUUCCGGCUAUUAAAUGAGAUUUAUGUGCCACGUGGGGAAAAGUGAUUGGGAUCACUUCUGUAAUGUGACUGUGGUCCAGGAUCUGUCUUGCUACUAUUGUUAAAUGUUGACAUCAAUCAUUUAGCUGCUAGCGUCUGCAGUAACAGCAAACUUUAGAAGUUGCGUUUCAGUUUACUGAUGAAAACGCCAAAGAAAGU